AUGAGUGCUAGAAAGGUUGUUGAGUCGGCGUCUUUAAGUUUUGGAAUUGAUCGAAUUUUGGGGAAAACUUUUGAAAGGAGAACGGACAACGCCACAAGCCAGAGUCUGGAGUCGCCGGGGAGAAAUGAUGUUGGUCCGCCCCUGACCCAGCAUCGCGCCCGGAUGAGGACGAACUUUAGUGCAUGGCAGUUGGAGGAACUGGAACGCGCGUUCCGGGUGACCCACUACCCUGACAUCUUCAUGCGGGAGGCCCUGGCGUACAGGAUGGAGCUGACAGAGGCUAGAGUGCAGGUCUGGUUCCAAAACCGCCGGGCAAAGUGGAGGAAACAGCAACGGUCAUCGGGCUGCCGGGAGCUUGGGUGCUGCGAUCAUCACGCCAGUGAGAGCCCAAACUCCGCCACCACGCAAGGGAAAACCUCCAGCCCGUACUUACAGGUCAUGCCCCCUGUUCUCAACUCACCGGAAUCAUUGCAGCGAAUCCCUAACGCCGUGUUUGGAGCUUGGCCGUUCUCAAGAGAGGUACAGUUGAGAUGCAGUAUAUCGUCCUUGAGAGAGAAAGCGAGAAACUUCUACACCAACAUCAGCAGCAAUGGACACUUUUCAUAUAACCCAUUCCAGUGAGCCAGAGCGAAGGAUCACACCAAGAUGGCACCAGCGACAGAUGAAGACAUGAACACUACAGAACGUCAUUUCAUAUGAUUGCGUUUCUGAUUUGCCUCGCGUAAACAACAAACAAACACUAACAAGAAUAUAGCGCUGUCCUCCGUGAUCGUUGUCUAGAUUGACAUAUAUACACUGUAGCACUACGUUGAAAAUGCAGCAAAUAGGACUAACAUUCAUAUAUGAGUGGGUCGAAGACCUGAUCCCCGUGGUAUCUGGGCAGAAUAAAUCCCUGUGUCCAUGUCGUUGACCGUCAGGUGGUCACACUGUGUUGCCUGGUUAAAUGUCAUGGCGUCGUGAAACAGUAUUCAUGCUAUCAACAAAUGGUAAGCCAAGUCAAGACUCGAUUACGUACGGGUCGUCGUGAUACAGGUGGCAAAUGUUGACCGAGAACCCGACAAGUUGAGGUGAAAUUGGGCUUAACGUAGCGUCCACGAUCACUGCACAUAUAGCUUCGGGCAUGCACGUAUGCCUGCGUGUGUGGUUGCCUGUACUAGCCCGGACUAAUGCCGGUUUUAUGGUGCUAGCCACUUAGAUACCAUGCCGCAGGUUAACAAAGAUACCCCACUCAGACACAUACUAACUCUGAACCGACCAGUUCUUAUUUCAGCCCCUCAAUGCCAAGAGCCAGGCAUGGUACCACCUUUCAACGUAUUUUGGACAUUAAGGGACCACGAGAUCGAACCAGGUACCUUCCGCUUCUGGGCAGACGUUCUGUUUGCUGUACCACGGAGGAGGUUAGUGGCGAUGAAGGACAAGGCAUCCGUUUCAUACGUAUAUGUUCUCAAUAAUAAUUGCAUGGAAAAAGGGCUUCCUUGACGAACGGGAUUGGGAUUAACGGGGUCCCUGUAUUGUGAUGUCCCAGGUUAACUAGACUGGAGAGUUAUCAUGAGCUAUGACACAUUGUCGAGCUACCAUCUGAAGUCUGAGGUCAGUUCCAAUCCACAAAGUACCCAAUGUC